UUAGAAAUUCUACUUAGCCGGUAGACAUGUGAACAAAGUUAUAUUAAAAUAACUCGAUUGUCAUUGAAGAACUGACUUUCUUAAUUAUUAAUAAUUAAUAAGUAAUAUACAUUCUAUACUGUAGAUAGAAUUGAGAAGCUAUGGAUAACAAUGAAACAAAUCAGACGUCUUUGAACAAUUCCGAUGCAAGUCGGCUCAUGCGAGAAUUAAAUGCUCAUCUAAAUCAAUCAAACGAUUCUUCUAUGGAUGGCUUUACAGGGCUGCAGAAUUCUUCAGACAGUGAUAUCAAAAUGUCGGGAGAUGGAAGUAGACAACAAACUUUAACACAGUUGAUGAAAACAAUGUACAAUUCAGCUCCAAGACAGCAAAUAGUACUUCAAGGCAAUGAUAAGACCAAUAGUUUUAGUGUAUAUGGACAGGAAGUAGAUAUUUUUACAAGUGCUAUAAAUACUAGUCAAGUAUCAGCGGGCAGUAAUAAGGUAAAGAUUACGCCAGUUGUGAAUUUUGAUUGGGAUCCGAAAUACUAUAUCGGUCAUCUAGUAGCAGUCCAUAGGGAUAAUACAUAUAUGGCAUAUGUAAUUAAAGGUAAAACUGGAGGCAAUAUUCGUAUUAUAAAUCGUAAAACAGCCGACAGAUGGUUGAUAAAAUGUGUAGAAGGAAGAGUGGUAGAUGUUGCAUUUGCCCAUUCUGAUGCUGUUAUUCUAGCUGCUGUUGAUGAAAUUGGUAAUUUAUAUGUCCAUGAGAUGCAAGAAAUCGAUGGAAAAACUAUUAAUACUUUAUUACUAAAUGUACAAAGACCAGAGAACACAGCUCCCUCAGAAUAUCAUCGUGUUAUAUGGUGUCCAUAUAUACCAGAUGAUUCUGAAGACACUUUAACAGAUACAUCUAAUCUUGAUUCAUCUAGAGUACUUGUUCUAACACAUGAUGAACGAGCUGAGAUAUGGAGUAUUGAUAUGAUUAAUAGAGAUUAUGGUGUUGGACCUAUUAAUCCACAUGACGUAGAGAAUGGUAUGAUUUCUAUAGACAGUCAUGACAAGCCAAUCAUUGACGCAGCUUUUUCUCCUGAUGGUACAGCACUUGCGUCUGCUAGUUUAGAUGGAGAAGUCAAGUUCUUCCAGGUUUAUUUAUUUGAAGGAACAUCACCAAGAUGUUUACAUCAGUGGAAACCCCAUGAUGGAAAACCAGUGUCUUGUUUGUUUUUCUUAGAUGAUCAUAAAAGUUUCAGUCCCGAUGCUCAAUUGUGGAAGUUUGCUGUAACUGGUGCUAACAAAAAUCAAGAAUUAAAAGUAUGGAGUUGUGAAUCUUGGAGAUGUCUUCAGACAGUUAGAUUUUUGAAUCCACCAAAUGUACCGUCCAAUUUUACACAAGAUCUGUGUUUAAAAGCUACUAUGGAUCUGAGUGCUCGUUACUUGGCUUUAUCAGAUACCAAUAAAAAGGUAUUAUAUAUUCUACAACUACAUGAAGAUACAUCAUCUAAUUCAGCUCAUAUUAGUUCUAUAUCAGAAUUUAUAUUAGCUCAACCCUGUCUUUCUCUAGCUAUACUUGAUGCCAGUAAGAAAAGAUUUAAAAGAUCAGCUAAUGAUACACACUUUGAUGAAAUUACUACAGGAGAUUUAGUUGAUGACAAUGAUGAUGAAGAUCAAGCAAUGGUACCUGAAACAACAGGUGUACAGAUCAGACUCUUUUCUGUUCAUACAAAAUCAUUACAAGAGUUACUCAUACGUUAUAAACCCGAAUGUUCGGUACCACAAUCAUCUUCACCAUCUGUUAGUUCACUUUCAAUAGAUGAAACAGGGUUACGAGAUACAUUAUCUGAUAUAAGUUUUCAGGUUACCAACGAUGAUGAAGAUGAUAGAGAGAUUGAUGAAGAAAUAGAAGAUGUAGAAAUAGAAGAAGUUAAAGAUGAGGAGGAGGAGGAGGAGGAUGAUGGUGAUGAUGAAGAUCAAGAUGAUAGAGGUGGUGAAGGUGGAAAUACAUAUAGACUUCCAGUUCAUGAUGUUCAUAAGAAGUAA